CAAUAUAACCUGGCAACGCAAGAAUAAAUCAUUUAUCAUUUUAGGAGCAGACGAGAUUAUCGCACAGGAACAGCGUAAGCAAUUCUGCCUGGCCGACCAGGGAUUUGAAAAGACCUCAUAAUUUUACCUCGCUUCCACGUUCUUUCUCUGUAUUCCAGCAGGAUCCCCGCUUUGACGAAGCCGCACGGCGCGCGCGCACUGAGCAUCAUCUUGUCCUCACGGAGAUUUGGAUUCUGUGGGCGGGGUCAUUAUUUGGCAAGCGGCGGUGGAGUGGGAGAGGCAUUUUAUAAAUACCGACAACGGCGUGUGAACUCAAACACUUUUAUAUUUUUGGAGAAAUAUUGAAGGCGGCGUUAGGGGGAAAAACAAGCGGAGAAAUAAAUAUUUCAAACAUUUUAUGGGAAUACUAGAGAUAUCAUCGGAAAAGGAACAAUGACAGCUGCCACGUCCCCCAUCCUGCUCAAAUGGGACCCCAAGAGUCUGGAGAUUCGAACCCUGACGGUGGAGAGACUGCUGGAGCCCCUGGUCACACAGGUGACCACGCUGGUGAACACCAGCAACAAAGGCCCCUCCGGUAAGAAGAAGGGCCGCUCCAAGAAGGCCCACGUGCUGUCCACCUCGGUGGAGCAGGCCACCCACAACUUCCUGGAGAAGGGCGAGCUGAUCGCCAAGGAGAGCGAGGACCUGAGGGAGGAGCUGGUCACCGCUGUGGAUGACGUCCGCAAGCAAGGCGAGACCAUGCACGCGGCUUCGGCGGAGUUCGCGGACGACCCGUGCUCGUCGGUGAAGAGGGGCACCAUGGUCCGGGCGGCGCGCGCCCUGCUCUCCGCCGUCACCCGCCUGCUGAUCCUCGCCGACAUGGCUGACGUCAUGAGACUGCUGGCGCACCUCAAAAUCGUGGAGCAGGCUCUUGAGGCAGUGAAGAAUGCUCCAAACGAACAGGACCUGGCCAGCCGCUUUAAAGAGUUUGGGAAAGAGAUGGUGAAGCUCAACUACGUGGCAGCCCGCAGGCAGCAGGAGCUGAAGGACCCGCAGUGCCGGGACGAGAUGGCGGCGGCGCGCGGCGCGCUGAAGAAGAACGCCACCAUGCUGUACACGGCGUCGCAGGCCUUCCUGCGCCACCCGGACGUGGCUGCCACGCGCGCCAACCGCGACUACGUCUUCCGGCAGGUGCAGGAGGCCAUCGGCGGCAUCUCCGGCGCCGCCCGCGCCUCCUCGCCCGCCGACGAGAAGCACGGCCACGCCGGCAUCGGGGAGCUGGCCGCCGCCCUCAACGAGUUCGACAACAAGAUCGUUCUGGACCCGCUGACGUUCACCGAGGCGCGGUUCCGGCCCUCGCUGGAGGAGCGCCUGGAGAGCAUCAUCAGCGGCGCGGCGCUGAUGGCGGACUCGUCCUGCACGCGCGACGACCGGCGCGAGCGCAUCGUGGCCGAGUGCAACGCCGUGCGGCAGGCGCUGCAGGACCUGCUGAGCGAGUACAUGAACAAUACAGGUAGGAAGGAGAGGGGCGACCUGCUAAAUGCCGCCAUCGACAAGAUGACCAAAAAAACCCGGGACCUGCGCCGACAGUUACGGAAAGCCGUGAUGGACCACAUUUCCGACUCCUUCCUGGAGACCAACGUGCCCCUCCUGGUCCUGAUCGAGGCGGCCAAGAGCGGGAACGAGAAGGAGGUGAAGGAGUACGCGCAGGUCUUCCGCGAGCACGCCAACAAACUGGUGGAGGUGGCCAACCUGGCGUGCUCCAUCUCCAACAACGAGGAGGGCGUGAAGCUGGUGCGCAUGGCUGCCACGCAGAUCGACAGCAUGUGCCCGCAGGUAAUUAAUGCCGCCCUCACCCUGGCAGCUCGUCCUCAGAGCAAGGUUGCCCAGGACAACAUGGACGUGUUCAAGGACCAAUGGGAGAAGCAGGUGCGUGUGCUCACAGAGGCCGUUGAUGACAUCACCUCCGUGGAUGACUUCCUGUCCGUUUCAGAGAACCACAUCCUGGAGGAUGUGAACAAGUGUGUGAUUGCCCUGCAGGAGGGGGACGUCGACACGCUGGACCGGACGGCGGGGGCCAUCCGCGGGCGGGCGGCCCGGGUGGUGCACAUCAUCAACGCCGAGAUGGAGAACUACGAGCCGGGCGUGUACACCGAGCGCGUGCUGGAAUCCAUCAGGCUGCUGUCCGAGACCGUCAUGCCCCGGUUUGCCGAGCAAGUGGAGGUCGCGAUCGAAGCUUUGAGCACAAGCCCGCCGCAGGCCUUCGAAGAGAACGAGUUCAUAGACGCGUCCCGCCUGGUGUACGACGGCGUUCGGGACAUUAGGAAAGCCGUCCUGAUGAUAAGGACCCCGGAGGAGCUGGAGGACGACUCGGACUUCGAGCAGGAGGAUUACGACGCCCGCAGCCGAACGAGCGUCCAGACCGAGGAUGACCAGCUCAUCGCGGGACAGAGCGCCCGGGCCAUCAUGGCGCAGCUGCCCCAGGAGGAGAAGGCGAAGAUCGCCGAGCAGGUGGAGAGCUUCCGGCAGGAGAAGUGCAAGCUGGACGCCGAGGUGGCCAAGUGGGACGACAGUGGCAAUGACAUCAUCGUGCUGUCCAAGCAGAUGUGCAUGAUCAUGAUGGAGAUGACUGACUUCACCAGAGGUAAAGGGCCCCUGAAGAACUCCUCAGAUGUGAUUAAUGCAGCCAAGAAGAUCGCUGAGGCGGGGUCCAGAAUGGACAAGCUCGCACGCGCCGUCGCCGAUCAGUGCCCUGAUUCGGCCUGCAAGCAGGAUCUGCUGGCCUACCUGCAGAGGAUCGCGCUCUACUGCCACCAGCUCAACAUCUGCAGCAAGGUGAAGGCCGAGGUGCAGAACCUGGGGGGGGAGCUGAUCGUUUCGGGGCUGGACAGCGCCACGUCCCUCAUCCAGGCCGCUAAGAACCUGAUGAACGCGGUGGUGCUGACGGUGAAAGCGUCCUACGUGGCCUCCACCAAGUACCAGAAGGUGUACGGCACGGCAGCCGUCAACUCGCCCGUGGUGUCCUGGCGCAUGAAGGCCCCCGAAAAGAAGCCCCUGGUCAAGAGGGAGAAGCCCGAGGAGUGCCAGACGCGGGUUCGACGGGGGUCCCAGAAGAAGCACAUCUCCCCCGUCCAGGCGCUGAGCGAAUUCAAGGCCAUGGACUCCUUUUAAUCUUUGACAAAUGACCUUUUUUUCCCCCUGUUUAUUUUCCACCUUUCCUUUCUCUCCAAUUUAUUUUGUGGGAUAACAGAAUUUGCCUGUGUCGAUAAAUGAAGGAUAGUAAUGCCACUUAUAGUUAUAUAUGAAGCGAAAAUACUGCACCAUCUCUGGGUCAGGCAGUCAAGAACAGCCAAUGAGCUCCCAUUGUUGGUUAUGCUGACUUAACCCUAUCAGUACCAAAGUGUUUGUCUUGCUGUUACAAAAUGAAAUGGAACAAGUAAAGGAAAAAAGUUUUUUUCCCCUUUCAAGGGAGAUUGGCUGGUAUGUCUGAUACAAGCUGACCCAUAACCCCUACUGUAGGUAAUGUGAAUUUUGUUUACUGUGAAUGUAAUUAAUAUAUUGAUCUUUGAAAAAAAGAAGAUAAAAGAUUACUGCGCUAUUAUUGCAAGGAUAACAAUGAAUUGUAUUGUUGUUUGGAUGUGUACAGAUGGUAAAUUUAGUCAAAUUUAGUCUACACCUUGUCGGUUUUUAAUGACAGAAUCUAGCAAGGCUAUUAAAUUGCAUCCAUAUUUAAUUAAUAUUUUGACAUUUACCAUUGCCUGUUUGUGAUAUGUUUACUAUUAUUUUACACGUUAAACUUAGUUUGCAAGUCUUUCUUGCUCCCCCUUGCCCUUCAUUGUUGUGAGAAUAUGGUGCUGAACUUUUGCUACAUUUGCUUGAUGACAAAGAUGGCAGAUUUUGCAUCGUUUGGGGCAUGGUGUAACACUUAAAAAUGUAGCCGGAUAAGAAGGGAUCUGCGUUGUGUGGAGUGUCACACAUACAGUUCCAUCAAAUGCACUGCUCCCUAAUAAAACAGCACAACUUGGCAGCUGA